UAAUGUCAAAAUGUCAAAAGAGAGAGAGAGAGAUGUAAAGUAAAUGACCAUAAAACAAUAUAUCGUGUCAUAAGUCAUCCAAUGUAACAUGAUGGCUUACAUGAUACGAUCAAUAGUUUAUCUUGUCACAUUUUUUUUGAUUGAUCAGAUCAGUUUUUUUGAGGAAAUCCGACCAAGUCCUAUUUGUCGAUGCUCGCCGAACUGUGCAGGACCUAUUUUUCAGUUAUUUUUUCUUAAUUUUGAUUUUUUUUACCUUAACACGAUAUAAAUAAUGUUACAUAGUUAAAAACGUCCCAGCAAAAUAUGGUAGAGACCUAGUUUCUAGUAAUAGUUAUUUAUAAAAUUAACUUAAGGUGAAGAUCAUCGAUAGCAAUCAUAUUUCGAUUAAGUAAUGAUAGGAUAAAGUUUUUCCUUCUUUUCCGAUGAAGCUAGUAUAUUCUUCCCUCCCCUUUGCUGAAUAGACUAGACCACCUGUACCUUUCCACACGCACGUCUACCUUGUUAUAGAGAGCGAUAGCUGCGACUAUUCGAUACGAUGGUCUGAAGCUCUGUAGGUUAUCGAUGGUGCAGGUUGUGUCUGUUACUUGAUCCAGGAUCAGUAAUAAGUGGUGUGUGAUGCAUCGAAACUAUGGUCGGCCAACGUGGUGUUACUUAGGAAUUUUACGGGUUGCAUAUUAUGCAUAGAGGCACCAACGAUCUAUAUCAGCUUGAGGAACUAGUGUCAAUUCGCCUUACCGAGCAGAAAAAAAAUGAAGUCUUAUGUUCGGAUCGUCUUAGCCAGAUGACAAAGACAUACAAUGACAUAGAUGCUGUGACCAGGCUACUCGAGGAGAAAGAAAGAGAUCUUGAACUUGCUGCCCGAAUUGGACAAUCUUUACUCGAACAAAACAAAGAUCUACGCUUAAGAAAUGAACAACUAGAGCAGGAUCUUACUAUUGCCACUGAAACUGAAGAAAAACUAACUCGUGAAAUUAUAAGUGCUACUGAAGGGGUAACACAAUUGAAGCAUGAACUAUCAUUAAAAAAUGGCUUACUUCAAAUUUACACACAAGAUUUGGAUACAGAAUCUGAUUCUGGAUCUCCAUCAGACAGAAGUAUUGCUGUUAAUUGGGAAAUGCUUAAUAAGAAGAUACAGAAUCUUCAAGAAGAGAAUAUGCAACUUAGAAAUGAGGCAGUAGAUCGAACAAUUGACAUUGAAAAUGAAGAGAAAAAAGAAAUGCAAUUAAUUAAUGAUUGUGUUCGGCAGCUAUCCGAUGCAAAUAUUCAGAUUACCUCACUCCAAGAAGAAGUAGCAAAGAAAACAGAUGACAGCAUUCGUCAACAAGAAGAAAUCACUCAAUUACUUUCUCAAGUCGUUGAUUUACAACGUAGAGUUCGUGAUCUAACAGCUGAAAAUGAAAUUCUUCAAAGUAAAGUACAGAUAGCUGAAGAGUGCCAGCAAGAAUUAUCUACCGAAUUAAUAGAUAUUAAGGAAAAAUAUGGUGAAUUAAUGAUAGCUUUACAAGAGCUGCAAGAAGAGGCUAAGAAAAUGAGACACAAUAAAAUGCCAAAAGCUGCCAAAUGGCCAUAUGGUGUAUAUACACCUUACAUUAAUCCAGAUUCAUUGGCUUCAGAACUUGAAAGUAGUUUAGGUCUUAGCAGCAAUGGUUAUUCUUCAGAUGAAAAAUCGUCUCAUAGCAAGAGAGUAUUUGAUACAGUGAAAUGUGCUAACAAUUAUGGAAAUCCUCGAAGACGUGGUAGCUCUCAGUCGCUAUAUACGCAAAGUCCUUCUCGAUCCACACUUCGCUCAACAUAUUCUUCACUUAGCCAAAUAUCUUCCGCUUCUUCAUGUAAUGAAAGUCAGGCAUCAGAUUCAGAAUCUGCCUAUGCAGAAACUGAUGAUGACCAAUACUCUUCUGUCAGUGGUCAAGAUAGAUUGGGUUCAAUUUUACCUCAUUCAAAUACUAUAGAAAGCACGUUAAGACGCUUCAGUAGUGGUAUUGGAACGGCAACAGAUUUAAGUAGCGAUGAUGGAGUUAUCCCGGCACGCUGUUGGACACCAGAAUCAAAUUUUUCAAUUAACAGUAAUAGAACUGGAUUUUCUGGAAGAAGUGGUAUUAGACAUUACCAUAUGCCUGAAAAACUUCAAAUAAUAAAGCCAUUAGAGGGUUCUCAAACAUUGCACCAAUGGCAACGUCUUGCUACUCCACAUCUUGGUGGAAUCUUUGAAGCACAUCCUGGUGUUCAGAUUAAAGGAGAAGUCAAAUUAGAAGAUGAAGAGGAGACUUAUAAUCUUAGUGAUUAUGAAGAAGAUGAAGAGUUUUGCCAUCCUGGAAAAAGCUUUAUGAACACAUCAUCCAUUUACACUUACACUAAUUCUACAAUACUUCAUCCUAGUGAUCAGACACAGGUUACACCAAGCUAUUCCAGUCUUCAAAUAUCAAGCAGAACGAGUUCACAACCUCCUUCCACGCUCAAUAGUCCACAACAAAGAGGACGAGCAACGAGUACAUUCAGCACGACUUUGGGGCUUGCAAGGCUUUUAAACGAACGAGGUAUUCAUGCUAUAGUGCCCACGGCUGUAAUGAGUAAUCAAAAGAUUGACUCCACUCCUCCAACACCGGCACCUUCUCCCGAAGGUUCUCCUCCUCCAACUCCUCCGCCUUUUAGUGGAAUACAAGUGCCAGAUUUAAUUAAUGUUGGGUCUCUAGCAAGAGGUGUACAUUUGUUAAGAAGAACUCGUUCAAAAAAAUCCAAGUCUGUUACUUCCAAAAAUAAUUCUCAUGCGUCUUCCCAUAAAAAAGAAUCCGAACCUGCUAAAAUCGGACUUUUGGAUAAACUGAGUCGUAUUGGAUUAGAAAACAUCAUGUCCACCACGGCAUCCGAAAUCCCACCAUCGAUUGCAGAAUGUAAAGAAUCUCGGUUUCCUCGCAUAACUGUAAAAUUGAAAACUUUUGACGAAAGUUCUCCUCUUACUCUGACACCUAAAACCGAUGUCGGCGUUAAGACAAGGAUCGAUUUAUCGUGCUUCACGCAGUCUUCUAUGAGUAACAAAUCAAUGGUGGGAACAAGUUACUCUACCGUUCAGUCAUGGAGUUGUGUUCCUUCAGUCAAAUCUACAAAAGUUAAUACAUUCGAAUCGUCUAAUUUGCCAAAACCAGCACAAUUGUUAAACAUUCAAGAUAAAAAUUCUAAUAUCGGAACUAUUGGUGCAUUACGUACUCUUCGUAAAGGAGGUUAUAUUUAGAAGCAGCCACAGGUAUAUUAAAUUUUCAUAAUAAUAACAACAUUAAUCCAUUUUUUUAUAUUAAAAAAAGUGAAAAUUGCAUAGAAUAUCUUAUUCCAUAAAAAAAAAAAGCUUUAUUAUUAAUGUUUAAGAAAAAUUCCACAGUUUUAAAUAUUAGCUAUUGCAUUUGUUUAGAGACCAAUUGAUAAUUUUUACAUAAAUGUCAGCAUUCCAUUUGAAUCAGAGUUAACAACUUAGAAUUACAUAUCCAUCUAAUUAGAAUUAUAAGAAGUCUGCUUAAUUAUCGUUAGCCGUUAUUUACUAAAGACGUAAUAAUAAUAAUUCAGGCAUUUAUUAUAUUUUGUCGGUGCAAAAAGUUGCUUUUAAUAUUUAUACGUUUUCAUGACUUAAGUACGAAGCACAAAAGUUUGAUAUAAUUUUUUUUACAAAAUUACAGUAAGAAAUAUAUUAACUUUCUAUUAUUGUUUAGUAUUUAUUUAUUCAAGAAAUCUGUGAUCUAAAUUUUGUCAUAGUGCAAUAUUAGAAGGAAAAUUAAGUUUAUUAUUUAUGGAGAAAUUAGUAUUGUAUUACGACUCUUCUGGAUUUCAGAAUGAUGAUUGCCAUAUAUUUAAUAUUAUUGUGUGCGUGUGUGAGAGUAGACAAAAAUGCUAUGCAUUUUGUCAUUUUUAUUAGGAAUGAAAAAAAAGAUUCAUUCCAUUCUGUUGUAAAAUAAAGGCUCCAGAACUUAGGGAAAGCAUUUGUAAAAAAAAUUUAAAAAACAAAAAAAUUAUUGUACAGUAAAAUAUGUAGAAUGAGAGAUUAUCAGUAAUUAUACGGAUAAUUCCAUAAAUGGAGUAGCCAAACAGUGGAAUUUAAACAUUGCAGAGAGAGGUUUGUGCCUCAAGACAAAACUUGUUGUUUUGAAUCUUUGUAGGCUUUUUAUUAUUAUUUUUAUUUUUUUGUAGUUUUUCUCUUGAGCUUAGAAAUAAGUUUUUAGUAGAAAUCUGCACAUUGUUUUGUUGUAAAAUAUUGCUUGUAUAGCUGGUUGUAUUCCAGAUGUAGAUUAUUAAAUGUAAUAAAGUUUUUGUAUACAUUU